GUGACUGUACGCGUCAAAAGCAAUCAUGGCACCCAAGUAUGUUGCAUGCACGUCGGCGCUCCUCAUGAUGGGAGCGUCAGCCUUCGUGGCGCCCGCGCCGGUGCUGAGGAGCUCGGUCGCAUCCGCCCGGUCGGCGUCGACUCCCAUGCGCAUGAGUGCUGGAGACGAGGAGCCAUGGUUCGCCGAGGCUGUGGCGGACAACUUGGCAGAUGUGGCAGAGCUCACCUCCGUAUCCGACCGCGGUCUCAGCGGCAAGCUGGACUUCCUCGAGGCGGACCCCUACUUUGACCAGUCCAACGUCCCCGUCAACACCUACAAGGCCAAGGACCCGAUGAUCGGCAAGGUCGUGUCCGUGAAGCGCAUCGUGGGACCGGAGGCCACCGGCGAGACGUGCGACGUGGUGAUCAGCCACGGCGGGAAGAUGCCCUACUGGGAGGGACAGUCGUACGGCGUCAUCCCCCCGGGCAACAACUGGAAGACGGGCAAGCCCAACGGCGUCCGGCUGUAUUCGAUCGCCUCCUCCCGGUACGGUGACGACAUGACCGGUACCACCACCACCCUCUGCGUGCGCCGCGCGACCUACUGGGACGAGGAGAUGGGCAAGGAGGACCCCGCUAAGAAGGGUGUCUGCUCCAACUACCUCUGCGACGCCGAACCGGGCGCCAAGCUGAAGCUCACCGGCCCUUCCGGAAAGGUGAUGCUCAUGCCCGAGGACAAGCCCGAGACCGACCUUAUCAUGAUCGCCACCGGUACCGGUAUCGCUCCGUACCGGUCGUUCGUCCGCCGUCUGUUCGCCGAGGCCACCCCCGCGAAGGAGGCCUACAAGGGCCAGGCGUGGCUUUUCCUGGGCGUUGCCAACUCGGACGCUCUCCUUUACGAUGCGGAGUGGCAGCAGGUGCUCAAGGAGUUCCCCGACAACUUCCGCCUCGACUACGCUCUGUCCCGCGAGCAGGAGAACAAGUCCGGCGGAAAGAUGUACAUCCAGGACAAGGUGGAGGAAUACGGCGACGAAGUGUUCCAGAAGUUGAGCAAGGGCGCACACAUCUACUUCUGCGGGCUCAAGGGCAUGAUGCCCGGCAUCCUUAACAUGCUUGAGAAGGUCGCGACCAAGAAGAAGAUGAACUGGGAAACGACCCUCAAGGACCUCAAGAAGAAGGAGAAAAAGGCUGCUAUUACUACCACAGAGCUUCCAAAGACCUGCUCAAGAUUUACAAAGGAGAGGCUCGCUUCGCUCGUACGACGCGCCCAGUGGAUGAACAAGAGGACUUAG